AUGUUUGUUCCACAAUAUAUCAUCUUUCUACUCACUCUUUCGCUCUCUACGUCAGGAUAUGCAUAUCAACACUGGACGAGACAUACAUCCAUCGGACAAGGGCCCAGACAGGAACAUGCCGUGGCCAAGCUAGGAAGCAAACUGUACCUCAUCGGCGGCGUCUACUACAACAACACAUACGGCGUCGAGACGACGAACCGUAUCGAAGCAUUCGACACACAAGGGGAGCUCUGGCACGUAGCCGCUCCGCUGCCUCAACCUGUCAACCAUCCAAAUGCUGCUAGCGUAGGCGGCAAGAUAUACGUACUGGGAUCACUCGGCGCCGGAGGCAAUUGGACAGCCUUGCGCGAGACCUAUGCAUACGACCCGUUUCUCGAUGCAUGGCAGAGCCUGGCGCCACUCCCAUUCGGAACCGAGCGUGGAUCUUCCGCAGUGGGGGUCUGGAACAACACAAUCUAUCUCGCGGGCGGCAUGCAGUUCCUGGAGAUCAUCCCGCCCUUCCAGCAAAACAGCGUGGCCUGGACGUCGGCGUACAACGUUGAGGAAGACACUUGGACCACUGACCUUCCUCCCCUCCCCGCCCGUCGACAGCACGUAGGCGGCGUCGUCGUCGGCUCGACGUUCUAUGUCAUCGGGGGCCGAGAGGAUGGAAUCGAUCAGUACCGGAACACGACCUUUGCGCUGGAUCUUCGCAAUCCUGUCGCGUGGAGGACGUUGGCUCCGAUGCCUACCGCGCGAGGCAGUCUCGCUUGCGCGGCUAUCAAGACCUGGAUCUAUUGCUUUGGGGGAGAAGGGGACCCUUCCAAUCCGGAGCAUGUUUUCGAUGAAGUCGAGGCGUAUGAUACAGAGAGCGAUGUAUGGUAUAGAUUACCGCCGAUGCAGGUUCCUCGCCAUGGAACAGGAGCCGUGGCCUUUGGAGACUCGAUCUACAUACCUGGUGGUGGGAUUAAGACUGCGAUGGCUCCUGUCGGGAUUGUGGAUUCUUUUAGGCAUGUUUGA